CCACCACUCAGGACAACCUGGACGACAAACUGCGCAAGUUCGAGAUCCGCGACAUGAUGGGCCUGACUGACGACCGGGAUAUUUCUGAGACGGUGAGCGAGACCUGGAGCACGGACGUGCUGGGCAGCGACUUUGACCCCAACAUGGACGAGGACCGCCUGCAGGAGAUUGCAGGAGCCGCUGUGGAGAGCAUGCUGGGCAGCCUGCUCUGUCUGCCGGGCUCCGGCUCCGUCCUGCUCGACCCGUAUGGAUCCACCAUCUCUGAGACUACCAGUGAGGCCUGGAGCGUGGAGGUCUUACCCAGUGACUCAGGUGAGCUUUUCUGGCCAGUACCUGGCGGUAACGGCUCCUUCUCCAUCUCCACCUUCAUAACAUCUGGCAGGUUUCAUGGGCCACCACUCUGCGCCGUGCCAAGCGAACUCACCACAGGGUAUUCUCUGAGCGAGAAGUGUCCCCCAGCCAGACGAGGAGCCUGACUGCCAGAGCGCUCUGCACCUCCC